AUGGCCAAGAAGCGAAAGCGCACCAGCGUCGCUUCGUUCGUCCACCACCUCGAGCCCGCCUCGUCUCACGACGGCACGCAAGCGGCGGCGCUGAAUCUGGGUGCCUACCAUCCCGAACUCGACCUGGACUCGCUCAGUGCUGCAGACCGGGCCGAGUAUGAGGAGCUGCUGCCAAAAUGUUUGGUGCAUCCAGCCAUGUUUCCGACAAACAUGCGCAAAUACUGGCACCAACGCUUUACGUUGCUGUCGUCGUACGCAGCGGGAUGCCUGUUGGACGAGCAGUCGUGGUACUCUAUCACGCCCGAAUCGGUGGCCUUCCGCAUAGCCAAACGCUGUGCGACGGACGGAAUUGUCGUCGACCUCUUUGGCGGUGCGGGUGGAAAUGCGAUUCAGUUCGCUUUCACUUGCAACCGCGUCCUCUACAUCGAACUCGACCCGCUCAAGCUCCGACUCGCCCGCUGGAACGCAAAGAUCUACGGCGUAGAGGACAGGAUCACUUUUAUCCAAGGAGACAGCAUCGAGCUUCUCGACGUGCUUGUGGCUUCAAAUCUCACCUCAGCGGAUCCAAAAGACAAGGUGUGGAAGGACCUUACCCGCGCAGAUAUCGCCUCGGUGCAAGCCGUGUUCCUCUCUCCACCAUGGGGUGGCGUCGGGUAUGCACAGAACCCCACCGCUUCACCUUCGGCUGCACCGUCUACAUACUCGCUAAGCUCGAUUCAGCCCGUAGAUGGUUCCCACCUCUUUGCGCGCGUGCAAGCGGCGUUCAACACCUCCAACAUUGCCUACUACCUCCCGCGCAGCACGGAUCUCGAACAGCUCCAACACCUCGCCAAGACCAACUUGAUCCCACCACACAAGCCCGACGUCAAGAUCGAGUACCAGUACGUCAACAAUGGCACCAAACUCUCCAGUCUCACCGCCUACUAUGGCAACCUCGCCGCCGACUGGAACGACGAAUCCGACAACUGGUUCCCUGCUGCAUCCUAG